CUCUUUCUUUCUCUGCUGCUGGAGCUGCAAGACAAACACUAAGCAGGGACAAUGAACCAGAAGGUGGUACUCAUCACGGGCUGCUCCUCCGGGAUCGGCCUCGCCUUGGCUACUCGCAUUGCAAAAGACGAGAAGAAAAGGUUCAUGGUCUAUGCCACCAUGAGGAACCUGAGUAAGGGUGAGGCGCUGGUCGAGGCAGCGGGUCGGACUCUGGGCAGGACUUUGGAGAUCAAACAGUUGGACGUAUGUAACGAGGACUCCAUCAAAGCCUGCGUGGACAGCCUGCCUGAGCGCAGGGUGGACAUUCUCAUAAGUAAUGCUGGGAUGGGUCUGAUUGGACCCAUCGAGUGUCAGUCCAUUGAUGAGAUGAAGACUGUAAUGGACACCAACUUCUUUGGGCUGGUGCGUCUGCUGAAGGAAAUCCUACCUGACAUGAAGAGGAGGAAAAAGGGCCACAUUGUGGUUAUCAGCAGCGUCAUGGGCAUCCAGGGGAUUUUAUUCAAUGACAUCUAUGCAGCAUCCAAGUUUGCAGUGGAAGGCUUCUGUGAAAGCUUAGCUGUUCAAGCCCUGAGGUUUAACCUCAAUAUCAGCCUGAUUGAGCCUGGCCCGGUGAUAACAGAGUUUGAGCGUAAAGUCUAUGAUGAGGGUUUGAAGACUGAUCUCAGUAAAGCUGACAAAGUGACUGCUGACAUGUUCACAAACAUCUACUUGAAGAACUACAAACAAAUCUUUGAAACCCUCGGGCAGACCGCUGAGGAUAUAGCAGAGCAUACUCUCAAGAUCAUCACCAUGGAGGAUCCCCCAUUCCGUCAUCAGACAAACACGCUUUACACCCCUAUGACCACACUCAAAUAUGCUGACCCCAACGGUGACCUCCCAAUUGACACAUUUUACAAAAUGGUGUUUGAGCAUGACAAGGUCUUCAACGCCAGUCUGAACUUCCUCAAACUUCUGCGCUGGAGAAGUCGAAAGAGCUUUACCUUGGAAAAGGACAAGAGCAACUAAUACAGGCCAGGUCUCAUCUUUGUUAUUUUUGGCAAGCUCCAUUCAUCCAUGCACAGGUUUCCUGUGAUGUUCUUUUUAAUUCUAGCUGUAUGUCUUUAUAAAACAAUGAUUAUUCU